UGUUCAUCCUCAUAUCUACCACAAAACACAUAGCCAAUCUUUCCUAUAAGGUCAAUUCAACUACUUUUUCUUCUUCCUUUUGUAAAAAAAAUAUGGGUCCAAAUUACGUCCAAAUAUUCAUUCUAAUUGUGCUUUGUGCUUCCAUGUUAAGAGUUGGUGUAGCCAAUCGGAAUCCUCAACAUGGCGACCAUCGCCGGCUCACAAAUAUUGAUCCUCAGAAGAUAGUCGUCGGAGGCUCCACUUGGACUUACGGCUUUGACUACACGAAUUGGGCUAUCGAGCACAAUCAAUUUUACGUAAAUGAUAGUCUUGUGUUCAAGUAUGAUUUACCAAAAGAUAGCACCACACAUCCUUAUAGUGUAUAUUUGCUACCGGAUCAAACGAGUUUCGCAACGUGCAACCUCGCUAAAGCCGUGAAGGUUGCCGAUGAGUCGCAAGGAGGCGGUCCGGGGUUCGAGUUUGUAUUGAAAGAAUAUAAGCCUUACUGGUUUGCCUCCGGGGGAGGUGAAGGCAUUAAUUGCAAUCUUGGGAAGAUGAAGUUCAAAGUGCUGCCACUUCCAAAUAGUGCUGUGUACUGAUUCAAACAUUAUUUUAUGCAUAUUACAGGGAAGAGAAUUAGGCAGUCUGUCCUAAUGUAUUUUAAUCACACACAAGUUUUGUUUUUGAUAAUUGAGUUUUGUAUUGUGUUAAUCUUUUUGUUCGUUGUAAAUACCUCAUGGAGAUUUCCGUUCUCACCGGUAAAAAUUGAUGCUAAUAUUAAAAUUUAGCUAUGUAUUCCUGACUAAUUAUUAAUAGAAGAGCAAAUUACUUUAA